UUGCAAAGAGAAUUGUAGUACAUAAAAUAUAAAUAAAUAAUACAUAAAAUGUCACUGUUGGUGCAAUAUGAGCAGCAAUAUGCUGCGCUAAUCGCAGAUAUAACGGCACUCAUAGGCAGAUUGCAACAAGUAACUAAUCAAUCGGAUCGCGCUGUGCUCUGCCACAGCAUCGAUGGCAAUCUGCCGGAGGCAAAGGAGCUGCUGGAGCAAAUGCAGCUGGAAGUGCGUGAAUUGAAAUCCACAGAGCGCGAAAGAUUCCAAGGAAAAUUGCAAGUGGCAGGUGCAGAGCUCAAGCGACUGCAUACGGAGUACAAGCAAACAAAGGACAAGUGGCGCUCAAAUGCAUUAACUACGACAGAUCUGAGCAUCAAUCUUGAUGACGAUGAGGAUGUGUCCAUAAGCAAUGAUCAGCGACAGCGACUGCUGGACAACUCGGAGCGCAUUGAGCGCACAGGAAAUAGAUUAACAGAAGGCUAUCGCAUAGCAGUGGAAACAGAAGCGCUGGGCGCUCAAGUGCUCAGUGAUCUGCAUCAUCAACGUGAGACUCUGCAAGGUGCACGCUCACGUCUGAGAGAAACUAAUGCGGAGCUAGGACGCGCCUCUCGCACGCUCAACACAAUGGUCUUGCGUGCUCUGAGAGAAAAGGUUGUGCUCUAUGGCGUAGGCAUUUGCUUUGUCGGUGCUGUGGGCAUUAGUCUUUAUCUGACCUUUGGCGGCAGCAGCUCGACAGCUACAUCAUAAAUUACACUGAAGCCAAAAGUAGUU